UCGGGGAGGCGGCACUGAGGAGCCAGGAUACCCGGAGUGGCGACGCCUCCCCACUGGGUAGACGACCGAAGCUCCGGGACUCUUCCUGCACCUCGGGACGGCUCACGAUGCUACCGGCCAUCCUUCUCCUCCUCCUGGGAGGCGCUCUGGCCCACCAAGACCGGAUCCUUUUCCCAAAUCCUGCCUGUGAGGAGCCCCCAGCAGUGCUUUUGGAAGUGCAGGGCACCAUACAGAGGCCUCUGGGCCGGGACAGCCGCAUCUCCCCUGCCAACUGCACCUGGCUCAUCCUGGGCAGCAAGGAGCAGACUGUAACCAUCAGGUUCCAAAAACUACACCUGGCCUGUGGCUCAGAGCGCUUAAUCCUGCGCUCCCCCUUCCAGCCACAGCUCUCCCUAUGUGAGGCACCUGCCAGCCCUCUGCAGCUGCCUGGAGGCAACGUCACCAUCACCUACAGCUAUGCUGGGGCCAGAGCACCCAUGGGCCAGGGCUUCCUGCUCUCCUACAGCCAAGAUUGGCUGAUGUGCCUGCAGGAAGAGUUCCAGUGCCUGAACCACCGCUGUGUGCCCUUAGCCCAGCGCUGCAAUGGGUUUGAUGCCUGUGGCGAUGGCUCUGAUGAGGCAGGUUGCAGCUCAGAUCCCUUCCCUGAACUGACCCCAGUCCCUGUCCCCACCCCACCCUGCAAUCACACCCUGGAAGACUUCUAUGGGGUCUUCUCUUCCCUUGGAUACUCACACCUGGCCUCAGUCUCCCACCCCCAGUCCUGCCUCUGGCUGCUGGACCCCCAUGAUGGCCGGCGCCUGGCAGUGCGAUUCACAGCCCUGGACCUGGGCUAUGGAGAUGCCGUGCAUGUGUAUGAUGGCACGGGCCCCCCCGAGACCCUCCGGCUGCUGCGCAGCCUCACCCACUUCAGCAAUGGCAAAGCUGUCACUGUGGAGACACUGUCUGGCCAGGCCACCGUGGACUACCACACAGUCGCCUGGAGCAGUGGUCGGGGCUUCAAUGCCACCUACCACGUGCGGGGCUACUGCUUGCCUUGGGACCGACCAUGUGGCUUAGGCUCUGGCUUAGGGGCUAGUGAGGGCCUCAGCGAGCGCUGCUACAGUGAGGCACAGCGCUGCGAUGGCUCCUGGGACUGUGCCGAUGGCACAGACGAGGAGAACUGUCCCAGCUGCCCACCUGGACACUACCCCUGUGGGGCUGCCGGCACCCCUGGUGCCACAGCCUGCUACCUGCCUGCUGACCGCUGCAACUACCAGACCUUCUGUGCUGAUGGAGCAGACGAGAGACGCUGUCGGCACUGCCAGCCUGGCAACUUUCGAUGCCGGGAUGAGAAGUGCGUGUAUGAGACAUGGGUGUGCGAUGGGCAGCCUGACUGUGCUGAUGGCAGCGACGAGUGGGACUGCUCCUAUGCCCUGCCCCGCAAAGUCAUUACUGCCGCCGUCAUUGGCAGCCUCGUGUGUGGCUUGCUGCUGGUCAUUGCCCUGGGCUGCACCUGCAAGCUCUAUGCCAUUCGCACCCAGGAGUACAGCAUCUUUGCCCCCCUCUCCCGGAUGGAGGCUGAAAUUGUGCAGCAGCAGGCGCCUCCCUCCUAUGGGCAGCUCAUUGCCCAGGGCGCCAUCCCACCUGUAGAGGACUUCCCUACAGAGAACCCCAAUGAUAACUCAGUGCUGGGAAACCUGCGCUCUCUGCUGCAGAUCUUGCGCCAGGACAUGACUCCAGGGGGGGCCACGGGUGCCCGCCGCCGCCAGCGGGGCCGUUCUAUGCGCCGCCUGGUGCGUCGUCUCCGCCGCUGGGGCCUGCUUCCUCGAACCAACCCCCCGGCCCGGACCCCUGAGACCAGAUCCCAGGUCACACCUUCUGCUGCUCCCCCCGAGACCUUAGAUGGCAGCACAGGUCUGGCUGGUGAGGGCGGGGCAGUGGGCGGACAGGAUGGGGAACAGGCACCCCCGCUGCCUGUCAAGGCCCCACUGCCACCUGCCAGCACAUCUGCAGCCUUUCCUACUGUCUCUGAGGCCCCGGGGCCACUGCCCGCAGCAUCCCUGGAGCCAUCACUGCUGUCUGGAGUAGUACAGGCCCUGCGAGGCCGCCUCCUGCCCAGCCUGCGGCCCCCAGGACCAACCCGGGACCCACCUGGACCCCACACAACAGUCCUAUCCCCAGAGGAUGAGGAUGAUGUGCUCUUGGUGCCACUGGCUGAGCCGGGGGUCUGGGUGGUUGAAGCGGAGGAUGAGCCACUGCUUGCCUGAGGUGACCUGACUCCCCUGUUGCUCUAUUCAGAGUGACAACAAGCCUUUAGAGGGCAGCUCAGCUUCCCUUCUACUACUUCCCUCCUUGUUCCUCAGUCUGAGGGGACAUGAUGGGCUUUCCAUUGAUGACAGGUAGCUGCGUUAAAGUUAGGUGUCCCUCAGGCAGGGAGAGGGCUCACACAGAGCCCCUUCUGCACAUGGCCAGAGACCACAGGCCACCACCACCACCAUUUGGGUGGCUGAUUUUAAAAGGUAAAGUUCUUAAAGGGUCAUAGGCCUGGACACUCCAUCCUUGCCAAACCGCCACCCAAAAGUGGCCUUAAGCACCAGAAUGCCAAUUGGCUGGGACUUCCAGCUCCCAAGGGGAGGAUUUGGGCAGGGCCUGAGGUUUUGCCUACAGGGAUCCCUCCCAGAAGGCCUGGCUCAUAAAAAGAGCACAACAAAUGCUUUUGUCCCAUAGCUAGGUCAUUGCCCAGGAAGCCAAGGUUGAAAAUAAAGGAAUCAGAAAUUUAA